AUGAUGAUUUGAUAUCAGCAGUUUACAACUCGAAAAGUAUGGCGGCUUUAACUACCUUUGCAAAUGAGUUUCGACUCGCUGCCUAUAAUUGUUUAAAAAAAUUAAAUCCAUCUUCACUAUAUAAAACAACACAUCCAGCACUAUGUCUAUGGAAACCUGGAAGAGCCACAUAUCGUACAUUUUUGCCAUGGAUGCCUGCUAUACCAAAACAUCAAGUCGAAGUAACGGAAUAUAAUGAAGAAAAGGAAAACCUAAUGAUAGAUGUGAUAAAGGAGAUCAACAACCAAAUAGCAACAGAUAGAGUAGGUAGAUUGUUCGCAAUUGUUCACAUAUGUGGCAAACAAUUUAAAAUCACAGAGAAUGACAUCAUAAUUAUGCAAGGAUAUUGGCCUCCUACAAUUGGGGAUAAAUUAAAACUUGAAAAAGUAUUGCUAGUUGGCGGCACUGAUUUUACUCUUGUAGGAAGGCCUAUUUUAAAUCGAGAAUUGGUUUCAAUCGAUGCCACUGUUAUUGAAAAGACAUUAUCACAUACAAAAUAUCAUUUUAGAAUGAAAAAGAGGAAACAAUAUCGUAGAUUAAAUUUUUAUCGAGUACAACACACAAUGUUGAGAAUAAACUCUAUAAACAUAAACGGCAAUAUCGAUAAAACGAAAGAGGUGGAAGGAUUAGAUAGAAUAUAUUAAUACCAAAGUAAAAUGUAUAAAAAAUAUAUUUAUCUAUUAAAAAUAGUAUACGAUGAAGAACAUUCCGUGAACGAUAAGACAACUAUAUUA